AUGGCCACGCCCACAAGGAUUACAGAUAGGCCUACCUUCGGGAAGGAGAUGAGAGGCUUAUCUGCCGUUCCUUGUGGGCGUGGCCAUCGUCCCGACAUAGGGCAAGGACAGGCUUCCUCCGCCUAUAUACAGACUGCAGUCAGCUCUUCCUACCUUGACUCUCACAAGCACAAACAAUAUGAAUCCUCUGGUAUCUUACCAGAGGAUUCAUCCAUGAAAAUUUACCACAAAAAAAAUGAUUGUGGUUUUCAGAACUUCCUGGUGUUCUUUGCUGCGGGAUGCAUGGUUAGUCCCUCAAACCCUGUGCUGCUUCCCCUGACCAACGGGGUGCACUACACCACCUACAACGGGGCCGUUCCUCUGAUUUCCACUCCCCUGAGGACUGUCCCUGUGGCUCCUCCAGCCGUGGCUCCCAGUCCCUUCGUGGCUCCAAAUAUUCCCUUGAUCCGGGUUUCUGAGUCUGAAAUGAACCAAGACCAGGUUGCCGCUCCCCUCCCCAUUAUUUACAACUCAGCUAUCGGCGCCCCUUCGGUUUACACCCAGGUUGCUGUUCCCGAUGGCUCGGGAACUGCAAUCUACGGCCUAUUCAACCUUCAGCCUGUGCCUUCGUCAGGAGAUAUUCCUGAAGACUGCACUGUAGUCAAAAUCUUGGGCAAGGAAUGGUUCAUGGUUUGCAAGAAUAAUUAAGUUUCAUUCUU